GCAUUAUAUUUUCUCUCUGGUAAAGGAAGUCACUUAAGUAUACUUAAAAGCACGUGUUCGUGUGUGUUGCUACGUGAAGGUGUUUGGAAAUUGGAUUUAUGUGAGUACUAAUUAAGUUCAGUCACAUUCCUAAUCGUUAAAAGAAGUUUUUAUUUCAGUUCGUCUAUGUGAAUACUUUUCAGCCUUAAACUAAUGUUUUCUCUUUGAUUAUGAAUACCACGUGUGUGAAACAUAUUAAUAAUGCGUGUAUGCAGAACAAGUUCAAAUGAUACGAUUUUGUACAAGAUAGGACUAAAUGUUCGUGUGUGAAGAACUAAUGAGAACAUCGUUUUUUCGGAGGGUGUUAACCUGUAAAUAUUCAUUUCAUUUGUUUAAAGUGUGCAAAAUGAACUCUCACACAGUGAAGGACCCAACACAGUUCCUACCCCCUUCUGAAGUAAGGGGAAUGAAAUCAUUAGAUAAAGAGAAGUUCAACAAAUUUAUUAUUGUGCCAUGGUUGGAAAUAGAUGAACAGCUUGUUGGUGGUGCUAUGAGUAUUCUUAAGAAGUAUCUGAUGAAGGUUUUGAAUAUCAAACCUCUACGGCCUGCAUUUGAACUUCUUGAUGGAGAGGAGAUUGUCAGCCCCCCUGUGGAUUCAGUUUUGAUGGAAUUGUUGGCUGGUAUUGAAAAUAUGGUGACUCGCACAAGGGAACAUGGGUGUCUGUAUGAACUUGAUUUUUCAACAGUGUAUUGGAAUCCUCGCUUGUGCACAGAACACGAAAGAAUUACUUCAAAAUUAGAAAGUGGGUGUGUUCUUUAUGAUGUGUUUGCUGGAGUUGGGCCGUUUUCUAUUCCUGCAGGGAAAAAAAAGUGUAACGUGUUGGCUAAUGAUUUGAACCCUGAAUCAUAUAAAUGGUUGAAUGUUAAUUGCAGACUUAAUAAAGUCCAGCAGUUUGUGAAAACUUUCAAUAAAGAUGGUCGAAAAUUCAUAAAAGAGGAUAUAAAGAAAGAUAUUGUAGAAAAAUUGAAAAAUAGUAAGUUCAAAGCUUCGAUUCAUAUCACAAUGAAUUUACCUGCUUCAGCUGUUACCUUUUUGUCUGCUUUUCAUGGUUUGUUAUGUGAUAUUGAUGAAUUAAGUUGGAAAACAUGUCCUAUAGUUCAUGUUUACUGUUUUGUUGGUGGAGAAAACCCUAAAGUUGAUGCACAGACAUUGGUAGAGGAAAAUUUAGGAAGUCAAUUGGAUGAAAAUUUGAUAGAAGUUUUUUAUGUUCGGAAUGUUGCACCAAAUAAAGAGAUGAUGAGGGUGUCAUUUAAAUUGUCAAAUGCUGUUCUGACUGCUCGAAAUAAUUCUUGUGAAAAGCACUCUGCACCAGAAGUAAACGAAGAAGCACCUAGUCAUAAAAGAAUUUGUUUGUCAAGCGAAAAUAAAGAAACAAUGGGCAAGAAAAAUAACUCGAAUACAAAAAAAGUUUUCAAGGUAGCUGGAUCCAAAGCCCUCAAAGCCAAGAAGAAAGCAAAAGCAGUUCAAGGUCAGCUGAAAAAGGUUGCUGAAAUGAACCGAAAGAAAAUUGCCCAAGUUGAUAAGCAACUUUCUGACAUUCAUGAUGAACUUCGCCAUGGCUCCAGAAAAGAAACUAAUAAAAUUAAAAAAGUGGUCCAGAAUAAGAAACCAAACACCUCUAAUAUAGAAAUAUCUGCAAUGGAUAAAUUAGACCAGCUCAAAAUGUAGAAGAUAUUGAUACAUUUAAUUAAAUUAUUAUCUUGUUAUAUAGUAUGGUUAAAAGGUAAGGACACAUGAGGCAGAUGCAAAUGGAUACUGGUGAUCCCAUGUCAUUUAACAUAAAAUCUAUAUUUGUGAAGUUUGUGGAUUUAAUUAUCAUGAAUGAUUUAUUAUAUUUCUUAUUAAAAGUACAAGUUUUCUUAUUAAAAGUACGGUUUUAUUUAUUUCUGCAUACAUUCUUAAGACUUCUUAUUUACCAACUACAAAAUCCAAUUGUUGUUGGUGUACCUUGGAUUUACCAAUGAAAACUCAUAAUUUUCAUUGGGGAAAUGUGGUGUUAAUUAUUUGAUAUGUCAAGUUGAAAUCAUUUUGUGAAGAUAAAUGCACACACUUAAUUCACAAAAUAUUCAAUAUUAUUAAUGUAAAAAGCUGUAUUACAACAAUCAUUGGUAUGACAAUUACAAUUUAUUAUAACAAUUCUGUUUAUGAAAUUAUCAUUAGUAGCUUUUAAUAAUACAUCUGCAAUUCCUCCAAUCCACUAUCUAUAUUUAAAAAAUAUCACUUUUCUUGAUUUCUCUAGAGGCGUGAUUCAGUGGCAAGGUUUGGGGGGGCAACUGCAAUGGAAAAAUGUUUCUUAUGUCUCUGCAACAGAUUACCCUAGGAGGCUGAUUUUUUGGGAAUUACGGCAUUUUUUCAUUAUCUUUCAUAUGAGUAUCGCGAUUAUCGAUUUGGUUGGGAAGCACUUUUCAUCCCCUCAUUCGUUUAUAUCGUCAAUGAUACACAAUUUUUCUUUCAUGUAAAGCAUGAGAAAUAGUUCUAUCCAAACCCAACCAAUUCAAACGAAGCGCUAGUCGUGCAUACCUGCGUUUAUUUCGACAGCCAGGAACAUUAGCAAUUUCUAACGUUUACAAAUGAAAC